AUCUCUCUCACACUCCCCACUCUCUCUCUCUCUCUAACCCUUUCCACAAAUCUUUGUGAUGCUUUUUUGAGACCUCAAACUUGGUUUGUUCUUGGUUUCAAUCAGAGUCUCAAACUCUCCCUCUUUUCUAAAACAGAGCUUUCUCCUCUGAUUUCUUGUUACCUAACGAUCGAACCCAUAAAUUCAGAGAUUUUUAGGUAUUGAUCAAAACCUUACUUUUGCUGAAAUGGUGAGUUUGAUUGAAGGAAGAGAUAAGAUGACGAAGCAAAAUGUGGUAGCUUCGGACACCAAAUCGGCCAUCAACAUGGCGAUAACAGUGGCAGUGGCGGCGAACUCGUCGCUGUUCACGACGGCGGCGCAGAAGCCGCCGGUGGCUCCGGGCAGUUUCUUCACCAUUUCAAAGAGGAAGCUAAUCCAGAACCUCGAAAUCAAUGGCACUGCAAGAAUCAACGCCUGGGUUGACUCAAUGAGAGCUUCCUCACCAACCCAUGUCAAAUCCACCACCCCUUCUUCUCUCUCUGAAGACCAAAGUUCUUGGAUUCUUCGUCACCCAUCAGCGCUGGAAAUGUUCGAGCAGAUAACAAACGCUUCAAAGGGGAAGCAAAUAGUGAUGUUUCUGGACUACGAUGGCACGCUUUCGCCCAUAGUCGAAGACCCUGAUCGAGCGUACAUGUCCGAUGCGAUGAGAACUACAGUGAGAAAACUUGCUAGAUAUUUUCCCACUGCUAUUGUGAGUGGGAGGUGCAGAGACAAGGUGUAUAGCUUUGUACAAUUAGCAGAGUUGUACUAUGCUGGCAGCCAUGGAAUGGACAUUAAAGGCCCUUCAAAAGGUCCCAAAGACAAGAAUGAUGCUCAAUCUGUUCUCUUCCAACCGGCCAGUGAAUUCGUUCCGAUGAUUGACAAGGUUUACAAAACAUUGUUGGAUAAAACAAAAUCUAUUCCUGGCGCUAACGUCGAACAUAACAAGUUUUGUCUAUCUGUGCAUUAUCGUUGCGUUGAUGAGAAGAAAUGGAGUGAAUUGGCACAACUGGUCAAGUCAGUGCUAAAGGAGUACCCAAAGCUUCGAUUGACUCAAGGAAGGAAGGUGUUAGAGAUCCGUCCUACAAUUAAAUGGGACAAAGGGAAGGCUCUUGAAUUUUUGUUAGAGUCUCUUGGUUAUGCAAAUUGUACCGAUGUCUUUCCAGUUUAUAUUGGAGAUGAUCGAACGGAUGAGGAUGCAUUUAAGGUUUUAAGAGACAGAGGACAAGGUUUUGGUAUUCUUGUUUCCAAGAUUCCCAAGGACACCAAUGCAUCUUACUGUUUACAGGAGCCGUCUGAGGUCAUGAACUUUUUGCAACGCUUGGUGAAGUGGAAAAAAAUGUCUUUACAACGACAAUGGAAAAAAUUGUCGUUACGACGACAAUUUAGGAUGCGGAGACAGAUUGAAGAAAUGAAAGUAUCACUGUUCAAUUGAGAAAUGUGUGAGGGUGGGGUGAAAUUAUGUAACUUCUUGUUGGAAGGGAAAAAAAAUGGAAGAACAAGAAGGAAAAAAAAAAAAAAAAAAAAAAAAAAAAAAAAAAAAGAACUAAAAAUACCAAAAAAAAAAAAAAAACAAAAAAAAGAAGAGGAAGCCAAACAAACAAAAGAAAAGGAAAGUCUUUUCUCUUGGCUUAAACGCCCUGUACAUCUUGUGACUAGCUAUGUACAAGGGGAAAUAUGUAACUUUGCAAGUUGUCUAAAUGCAUAUAAUCUCUCUUUGCCUUAAUUAA